AUGAGUCGUUCUUUUCUCACACUCUUUCAUGCUCUACUCCUGCUUUUAUUGAAUGCCUCAGGGUUUUCUGUGGGAUUCAGCGGAUCACGUAAAAGUGGAGAAACGAAGUGCAGAGAGAGGGAGAGACAAGCACUCCUUAACAUCAAACAAAGCCUGAUAGAUAAGUAUGGCAUGCUGUCUACAUGGAGUGACGAUCAUAACAAUACAAAUUGCUGCAAAUGGAAAGGCAUUCAAUGCAACAAUCAAACUGGUCAUGUACAAGUACUUGAUCUUCAUGGUAACUUUGGCUCACACCAUUUGGAAGGUGCAAUCAAUCUCACUUCGUUGACUCACUUGCAAUAUAUUCAAUAUCUGGAUCUCAGCAAUAAUGAUUUUCCAUGGAGUCACAUUCCACAACUCAUUGGCUCCUUCACCAACUUAAGAUAUCUCGAUCUCUCCUUCUGUUUAUUUGGUGGGAAUAUUCCUUCUAAACUUGGAAAUCUUUCUAAGCUACAGUAUCUAAACCUCGGGGGAAAUAAUCUUUGGGGACCAAUUCCUUUUCAAAUUGGGAAUCUCUCACACUUACAAUAUCUUGAUCUUGGAGACAGUUAUCUUAUAGGAGAAAUCCCAUUUGAAAUUGGGAAUCUCAAGCGGCUAAAAUAUCUUAACCUUAUGAGUUACUCUCUUUCUGGAACACUCCUUUUUCAGAAUGGUAAUCUUCCUCUCUUGCAUGCUCUAAGACUACGUGGAAAUUUUGAUAUAAAAGUUAAGAAUGCAGAGUGGCUGUCUAAUCUCUCUUCCUUGACAAUUCUUGAGAUGACUUCAUUGCAUAACCUUAGUUCCUCUCGCCAGUGGCUACAAUCUAUCAGUAAGCUUAUUCCAGACUUAAAAGAGUUGAAGCUAGUUGAUUGUUCUCUUUCAGAUGCUGAUAUCAAAUCUUUGUUUCAUUCUCAUUCCAACUUUUCAACUUCUCUUACCGUCCUUGCACUACUAGAAAAAUGUCAAAUAAUAACCGAAAUCGAGUGA